CAGAAUGAAUAAUCAGUACAUACUAUCCAAGUGCAGGUGACCAACACGGUGGCCGGAAAAUAAACCCAAACCAAACCUUACCCAGGUUUCAUUCCAUAUCCCCAAACACAAUAAUGACAGUAAUAACAUUACUCCCAUAUCCUCACCUGGGUUUCAUUCCUUUACAUAGAAAUUCAAGCACACUUCAAUAUUCUACUCAAAGAUUACAAAUUUCACAUUCUGGGUUUCAGAAAAAAAUCACUGUGGUGAAAGCAAAUUCAGGUAUGGUGAUUGAUAAAGAACAAGAAUUUAAACCUUCAUUUGAUGAGUAUUUGAAAGUCAUGGAGACAGUUCAAAUUCGCAGAGAAAAACGUAAAAUUUCCACAGAACAAGAACAAUUACCCUUUGGUGAAAUUAAUGAAGAAAUUAUUGAAAAGGUUGAGACUUUAGGGUUAGAUGAAGGUAAAAAGAAAUGGGUCAGAAAAAAGUUGGAUUUUAAGGAUACCCAAGUGGGAGUUAAAGGUAAAGUUCAAGAAUUUGAUGUAAGCUCGGUUUCGGACGUGUCGAAUUUGAAAAAGGAUGAGGUUGUGAAGAAAUGGGUAAGAAAUGAGUCGGAUUUUAAGGAUACCCAAGUGGGAGUUAGAGGUAGAAUUCAAGAUUUUGAUGUAAGUUCGGAUUUGGGUGUGUCGAAUUUGAAGAAAGAUGAGGUUAAGAAGAAAUGGGUUAGAAAUGAACUGGAUAUGAAGGAGACCAAAGUGGGAGUUCGGGGUAGAUUUCAAGAUUUUGAUGUAAACUUUGUUUCGGAUAUGUUGAAUUUGAAGAAAGAUGAUGCAGUUGUGAAGAAAUGGGUUAGAAAGAAAUCGGCUUCGGAUACUAGAGAAGGUCAAAUGGAUAGUUACAGAUUUCGGGAAGUUGAAGGAAAAGAUAGUAAAUUUCAAGAACAGGGGUUUAGAAGUUAUGAAAAAGGUUAUGGUAGAAAUGAAAAUUAUUCGGUUAAUAUAGAAAGAGUAGCUAAGUUGAAAAAGCUUAGUAGGAAAAGUGAUUAUGAUAGUGAUGAUAAUGUUGAGAUAGAAAGAGCUGCCUUUAAAUCACUUGAGAAAUUUCCAGAUGUUUGUGACCAGCCAAGGGUUUCACGAGUCGAUAUGGAGGAAAGAAUCCAGAAGUUAGCAAAGUGCUUAAACGGUGCUCCGAUCGACAAUCCUGAGUGGAGUUUCUCUAAAAUGAUGAGAAGUGCGAAAAUUAGAUUUGCAGAUUUUUCAAUUAUAAGGCUUAUCCAGAUUUUAGGAAAUUAUGGCAAUUGGAGACAGGUGCUUCAAGUCAUUGAGUGGAUGCAAGCACGAGAACGCUUCAAGUCCAAUAGGAUAAGGAACAUUUACACUACUGCGCUUGAUGCACUUGGGAAGGCAAGGAGACCAGUGGAGGCACUGAACUUGUUUCACACAAUGCAGCAACAAAUGCCCACAUAUCCGGACCGUGUGGCUUAUCAUUGCAUUGCAAUUACCCUUGGACAAGCAGGUCAUAUGAGGGAACUUUUCCAUGUGAUUGAUACCAUGAAAUCUCCUCCCAAAAAGAAACUAUCUUCCGGUGUUCUUCAGAAAUGGGACCCACGACUCGAACCAGAUACAAUAGUCUAUAAUGCGGUGUUAAAUGCGUGUGUGCGUCAAAAAAAUCUAGAAGGUGCUUUUUGGGUAUUGCAGCAGCUAAGGGAACAGGGCCAAAAACCUAACAGCAUAACAUACGGACUUGUAAUGGAGGUUAUGCUUGCAUGUGAAAAGUAUAAUUUGGUACACGAGUUUUUCAAAAAGAUGCAGAAAUCAUUUAUUCCAAAUCCGUUAACAUACAAAGUUCUUGUAAAUACACUCUGGAAGGAAGGGAAAGUUGAUGAGGCAAUCCUGGCUGUCCAAGAAAUGGAAAAACGAGGAAUAGUUGGUUCUGCAGCAGUUUAUUAUGACCUUGCUAGAUGCCUCUGUAGCGCAGGAAGAUGCAAGGAGGCUCUUGUGCAAAUUGAGAAGGUAUGUAAGGUGGCAAAUAAACCUCUGGUGGUGACUUAUACUGGUUUGAUUCAAGCUAGUUUGGACUCGGGGAUAAUCGAGAGUGGAAUCUACAUAUUCAACCAUAUGUGCAAAUUUUGCUCCCCAAAUUUAGUCACGUAUAAUAUAAUGCUCAAAGGAUACCUCGAUCACCAUAAGUUUGAUGAAGCAAGACAGUUGUUCCAUAAAUUAUUGGAGAACGGGAAACAUGUUACAAAUAAAGUUGAUUACAGGCAAGUGGUGUUACCGGAUAUUCAUACAUUUAACUUGAUGUUAGAUGCUUGUUUGGUGAAUGAAAGAUGGGAUGAUUUCGAGUUUGUCUACACAAGAAUGCUGCAACAUGGAUUCUACUUCAAUGCUAAACGCCAUUCCCAUAUGAUUAUCGAAGCCUGCAAGGCUGGAAAGGUGAAUCUGUUAGACACUACAUGGAAACAUUUGAUAGAAGGCGAUCAGAUACCGCCACCACCACUUGUUCAAGAAAUGUUUUGUAUGAAACUGAAGCAAGAUGAUUAUACUGAUGCUUUCUCCUGUUUAAUCUGUCUUCCUUCAACUGAAUCACAUAAGUAUUCUUGGAAGUCGUGGUUGAAUCGUUUCAAAGAAAAUCCUGACCUUUUCCAGGAGGAAAGACUCCUACAUCUUAUAGACAGGACAAACACUUUGUUGGAUAGAUAUGAAGAGCCGAAUUUUAUUCUUUUGAAUUUGCUGAAAUCAUGUAAAGAAAUUCUAGGGAUCCAAUAACAGACAACGUAUAUACAGAUUAAGGAUGAGUUAUUCUGUAAAUUAUAUAUGUGCUAGAAUGUGAGAGAACCUGGUAUUUUAUUACACUAACGAAAUUUAUACUAAUUAAA